ACAGUCUACGCUGCAGCUCUGUGGUGAUGAUCCUGCCUGGAGGAGCCUGGAACUCGCGUCACCAUGGAAGCGCUCAGUUUGCGAGAUGUAUUCGCCAUUUUGCUGCCUCGGUGUGUGUGUGUGUGUGUGUGGGGGGGGGCUUCUCUCUAAUACCUCUGUAGCUUUCAAACAUUCAACACUCAACAUACCAACUGGAACAACCACGGAAAACGUCUGCAUUUAGAGAAGUGUAGCUGCCGCAGCAUGACAUGGAAAUUUGGACGACGUAACAUUAGAUAGUCUCAUCGAGCGUCACGGAAGAGGACCAGGAGGAAUGCAAGCUUGACAAAUAGGAGAGUGGUUUUCCAUCACCAAACCACUCAGGAUGAAAGCACGAAGUAAGGAGGAGGAAUAUUAUUGUCCUCACAGGAUUGUAUUUUUUUCUUUGGAUUCUCAAAUUUGACCACAACCACAAGACCAUCAAUAAUGAUACCUGGAUUGAUCUCCCAGGAGUUACACAAGCUACUUCUGGACCUGACCAAUUACCAAAAUCGCACAAAUGGGGUGGAAGAGCUCAAACACAUCCUCUCAGAAGUGGACAUGAAAUCAGUCCCAUCUGGCAGUAUUGUGGAGUUCAUACAUUUUCUCCCUCAACUUCUGGAUGACAGUAAUUUUAAAGUGUUGUAUUGCACCUUGCAAGUUUUAAACUUACUCAUUCAGAAGCUAGAUACAGGUGUAGACAGAUAUUUCAAACAGAUAGUCUCAGUGGCUUUGAAGGCCCUAGGGGAUACUCGCACCGUCACCAGAAAUGAAUACAUGAAUGUGUUUCGACAGCUGAUGAAAACUGUCGCACCACAGCAAGUAUUGGAUCUUGUCAUUGGCACCUUGAAACACAAGAAUUCAAGGGUUCGGGAAGAUGUCCUUAACAUCAUUAUGGCAGCUAUGCUCACUCAUCCUAGAAAAGAUUUCAACAUCCCUAAGCUUUGUUUUGAGGUUGCACCCUAUCUGGCAGACAGCAAAAGGAAGGUCCGCCAAGCCGCCCUUGAGCUGUUUGCGGUUUUUGACUAUUGCCUUGACACAGGGAAAAAGCAGCCUCUAAUGAAAGCUGUGGACAUGGUUGAACUCAAUGAGGAUGCAGACGGUCUUAUGGCAGCUGUGCAGGCGAGACGAGCGAGGCACGUCCUUCCCAAACUCUCCUCAGAGGGGAUAGUGGAGUAUGGCUUGGUGGUCCCGAAACUAGGACAUCGGGGCUCCCUGCAGCAUGGUUCUGGAGCUGAUCUGGACUGGGUGAUGAAUGGUGGGCGCAUAAGCAGUGCCAGGAGCAACAGAAGUGAACCAGACUGUGACCAAUUGCAUGGCUAUGGCAGCUUAGGUUCCCUCACUGAUGACCUUCCACUUCAAAGGAGGAUUGUCAGCGCAGGUAAAGGGAAGAACAAACUACCCUGGGAGAUGUCGAGCUUCUCAUCCACUGAGAAUGACCAGCAGUGCAGUACUCUGAAUGGAAAGUGCUCUGAAAAGGAUGUCCUUCCCCUGUCCAGGAAGCUCAGUCCAGAGACCUACAUACCCAGUUUCAGUUCUGCACAGCCUCAGAAGCCACAAUCCUCCAGAAGGAAGGAGUCCCCUGCCCGCCUCAGAAGAAGUGGAAGCCUGAACUUGGAGCCAGACAUCUUUAAAACCACCAACUUCUCUGACCCAGAUGUUGUGGCACCCAAGGGACGCAUGCUUUCAAGGAACCCCAGUGUUGAGCGCACGUUCUCCCUGCCCUCGAAUCCCACCACGUCCGGAUCCUUCCUACUGCCCUCCUACCCGCUGGCUACGCUCCCAGGAGGCAUGCUUACUCCAACGCUGCCCCGCCGUCAUGCAGACUCCUCUCUCUCUAUGUCCAACACAUGGCCCAACAAGAGAGAGAACACCCCUCAUCAGCGAGACACCAGCCCCUGGAGAGACACAACAGGCACAGCAAAAGGAGGCCAUCUCUUGAGCAAAUGCUCUCCCCGGCCUCUUCGCGCCUCCCUCGUGAGUUCUUCUUCCACUUCGUCAUUCCGCCGGGCUCUGAGCAGCACCAGGGCAACCCUAUCUAUCUCGCCAGUUGUCCCAACAGCAGAGCAGGUCCAGUCCCAUAAUGGCCAGAAGUCCAAUGCUUCAGGCAGCCCUCAGAAUCAGCAGUUGGAAAGGGACCUUCAUCUGGACCCUGAUAGCAUCAAUGUGGUGCAAGAUCCUCAAGAGGAUGAUCCUCUGGACAUGCAGGAGGUCAGCGAAACAAUGCUGAACUCCCUGCGCUCAUUGCGCAACAGCGCUGCCAAGAAGAGGGCCAAAGUAAACAGUUCAGAUCCAGACAGCCCUGACUCAGCUGUGAGGCUGGACCUGGGUUUGGACUCACCAUCACACACCUCUCCAAUGCUUACCACCUCAGCCAGUGAGAGUGGUCUUUCCAGUCUGAGCUCAGUCGCCAACUCCAGCUUCAAUGCCAUCAAAACCAGCCCAGGAAACUCUGCCUCUUCAGGGAUGAAACCUCGCAUUGCAAGAGUGCCUUCUGCAAAACUGAGGUCUUCUGUGUCCAUGGACUUCAGCAGCCUUCAAGGAUUGUCUCAGAGAAACGAACUGUCGUCUGAGGUGGGUGUUGUUGGGCAGAGAGUCACUUACUCCAAUGGAACAAUCAAAACUGAGGAAGAGACAACAGGACCAUCCCCUCCGUUGGUCAAACCAGCCCUCCGUGAAUCAGUCAGAGCUCUGAAGCCUGCCAAAGGAUCUCAGAGCCACAGCAGCAGGAACUCACCGGCCACGGAUAUGGCUGAAGGAAUCAUUGGAAGAGGCAUGUUUGGCACUGCAGUGUCCUCCAGCCAUCCAGGAGUCGCCUCGUCACUUGAGCAGGGUGAUUCUGUGGCCAAACCCCCCACUGAUGCCUCAGCAGGCAUCUACAGCCAUGCUGCCAGUCCCCUAGACAGUGAUGACAGCCCACAUCCAGAUGAGGUUAAGCCAAGGGUGAAGAAUGCAAGGUUUAGCCGGGAUAAGAUGCGGCUGCAGUGUCUGGAUCAGCAAGAGGGUCAGCUCAGUCAAGUGGACCACACGCGAGAUAAGAUUCGCCACAGAGUCAGACAGAUGCUGUCGGACUCACCCACAGAGGAGAACAGAGUAUUAAUCAUCCAAGAUCUGCAUCUGAAUGGCAGCACACUGACUUCCACCAGAGCAGACCUCUCUGAUGAGUCCCCUAUCAGCCCCACCAGUCCUGUCAGCCCACCAGGACCCCAAAGCCCCAUCAAGUGCUUCACUCCGCCCCACCAGCCGAGCCCCCCCACAGUGCCCCCCAACCCCAAAAACCUUGCCCGUGUUAGGAGGGCCCCUAGCCUCAACAGAACCCGACCAUCGCUGUCCCACAGCUCAGAUGAGCUGUCCCCUGGUACUACCGGUCACAAGAAAAAUCUCUCAGAGCCUCCGGAGCUGUCUCAGUUUUCCAAGCCUGACCUGGCGCUGGCACAGAGCUUUAACCUGCUGAGCUCCGAAGACUGGGAGAAGAAGAUCGAGGGUCUGACGAUCCUGCGCAGUCUUGCUCACCACCACUCAGACACACUCCAGGCCAGGCUUCAUGAUGUCUGCCUGGCCCUCAUUCAAGAGGUAAAGAACCUGCGGUCAAGUGUCUCCAGGGUUGCUGUAUGUACGCUGGGCGACCUGUACACCCACCUGCAGAAGGCAAUGGACCAGGAGCUGGAUGGGACAGUUAAAGCUUUACUGCUGAAGGCCGCGGAGAGUAACGCCUUCAUUAGGCAGGAUGUGGAUGCAGCCCUGGGCUGCAUGGUCCAGCACUGCACACCAACUCGUAGCAUCAAUGCUUUACUCUCUGGGGGACUCAGUCACCUCAACGCAGUGGUUAGAAAAUGCACCGCCCAGAACCUGGCUAAUCUGGUCGAGAAGGUUGGUGCGGCCCGUCUUCUGUCUGGAGGUAAAGAUCUCACAGACAGAAUCUUACCUGCCGUCACCAAACUCGCACAAGACUCCUCACAGGAACCCAGGUACUUUGGGCGUCGAAUGCUGCUGUCCCUGUCAUCCCACCCUGACUUUGACAAGAUCCUGGAGAAAUAUAUUCCCACCAAAGACCUGCCGACUGUCAGAGAAACCGUCAUCAUUCUCAAGACAAAGGCUCUUGGUGAGAUGUCCCAAGACACCCAGUCAGCCAGGGGUAGACGCUCCCUCCCAGGCAGUGGUACAGUCCGGGCCUCAUCUCUCACCAGAGAGCCACUCAACCAAACCAAUAGGGAGUCUAAUAGCCAUAGCCACAGCUGUAGAUCUCAGACACAGAGUAUUGCAGACAAGACCGAAUACAUCACGCAGAUCUCAGGCCUGCUGAGUUCAAAGGACUUCAGAGAGAGGAUCAAGGGAAUCGACCAGCUAGAAGCUGACUGCCAGCACAACCCCAACAUGGUCAUCAAUAAUAUAUUCCCGGUGUUUGAUGCCUUCAAGGCCAGGCUGCAGGAGUCCAACAGUAAGGUCAACCUGUAUGCUCUUGAGUCUCUUCAGAAAAUCAUCCUCUUGUUGAAGGACAACCUGUCCCAAGUAGUCAAUCUCCUAGUCCCAGCAAUCGUGGACAAUCACCUCAACUCCAAGAACAACGCCAUCUACUCUGCUGCUAUCGGAGCUAUCAAUGCACUUGUCUCAAAUCUUGAUAACAUACUUCUUCUUCAGCCUUUCUGCACCAAAGCUCAGUUUUUAAACGGCAAAGCAAAGGUGGAUCUUAUCGAAAAGGUUGCAGAUCUUGUGACAGAGCUCUACCCUCGCAAGCCCCAGAUGGUGGAGCAGAAAGUGCUUCCCUUGCUUUGGCACCUCCUGGGCACCUCUACCCACAGUGGUACCAUCCAUGGCCGGGGCGGCAGCGUGAGGGGUGCUACUGCCAACCUGUGCCAAGCCCUGUACGUCCAGAUGGGGCCCAAUCUGACUGAGUGUGCUGCCUCCCAGUCUGCCAAUGUCUAUAAAGGUUUAAAUGAGGUCCUGAGGACCUUAUCCUAAAAGGUAAAACUGAAUCAGAACACAACCUAAUGUUGGAAGAGAAGAACAUUAACACUGACCUUACUUGAAGACAGAGAUGUUCUACAUUUCUUACAGUGCCUGCACUUUUAUAUCAAUAAAGAGAAAGUCCUUUUAAAAAGUAGGAGCUCUUAAUCUUAUCUCAGUGAGAUUUCCUCUGGUACAGAAGCAUGGACAAUUGUAACAUACCGACAUCAGGUCUUACACAUACUCAACCUGCUCUCUUUGCACUUUGAAAAGGUAGCUCAUUAUGAUAGACUUAAUGAGUUUUACAUUUUACCAUCCUAUGGUUGUCAUUGCUUUUUUUUUCUCCAUAAUCUAAACAUGUACUGUAGACAAAUCAGAAACACUAUUGCAGAAUGUAAGAUUGAAAUGCACAAAAAAAGACAGGGAAGAAGACAGGGACCUGAAAAGUGUAUAUUUUUGCUGUUUCGUCAAAAUAUGAUGUGAUAUUUUCAAGACGUCUUAUAUAGUUGAUCUAAUGUGAAUUGAGAUUAACCAUAAUAGUACAAAAUACUUUUGUACAGCUCAAAUGUGUAUUUGCACAGUAUUAGCUUAAUCUGUUAUUGUCUGCUGUAUAAUGGUACAGUUUAUAAUUUAUCUAUUGUGUAAUGGUUUGAAAGUCCUGUUAAUGAUGUGCUAAGUUGGUACCAUCUGUCUUUUUUUUGCAUGACCAAAAUUUACUGGCAGGAUCAAAAUUGUUUAUAUUUUUGUUAAGGAGAUAUAUAUGUACACUGAUGCCGAGAUCAAGGUUUGGUUGGAACCGAUUCUUCUGGAUGGGGACAGCGUGAAAGGAAAAGGAGUUCAGUUUCGCUCCAGCCUUUGCCUGAGAAACCGUAAAGGCCCAGAUCUGAUUCUGUCUCAGUAUAGUGCCAGUCUUCAAGUAGCCUUUUAACGCAUCUAUUGUUAAGUUAUAUUGAAGUUGUUUGUGAACAAGAGCAAAGACAGAUUGAUAUAUAAAUAAAGUUUUAUUUCUGUAAAACCAA